UAGGCAGAUACUAUAUCAUCGUGCCAUGAUCACCUGUUCCCUAUCAUGUGCUCCGUUUACUAUCCGGAAUGCACCCAUAACGGCCCCACCCAUCGGGUUUGCUACUCCGACUGUUUGGCAGUCACUGAUGCCUGCAAGGCAUCCUUUGAGCAACUCCUCGACCGUCCAUGGCCCGUCAACUGUUCGAUGUUUACCGAUGAACAGGAGGAAGAUGGGAGCUGUUUUGGCCCUAUGGGAGAUCUUUUCGAUACCAACAUAUGCGGGACACGCCCUGCAUACACACCAUAUCAAUACGAGGUUCUUGGUGGUACCAACGCACGCCCAGGGGAAUUCCCUUGGAUUGGUUCACUCCGCAUCGACGGAUUGGGUUUUGAAGGACGUUGGUGUGGGUCUACCCUGAUCAACUCUCAAUGGGUUCUUACCGCAGCUCACUGCGUUGAUUACUACGUCGAUCGUGUGGUUUUUGGGAACGCACAUUUGACGGAUGACUCCGACAACGAAGUAGCGAUUGAGGUGGCUGAUAUUUUCGUCCAUCCCGAGUACGACGUCUAUUGGCUCUACAACGACAUCGCUCUGAUACGACUUGCUGAACCGGUGACAUUUAGUGACUACGUCAGACCCGCGUGUCUGUCGGAAUCCUCGGAUGAACUCAAUGACUAUCGUCGCUGUCUCGUCGCUGGAUGGGCAACUAAACUGGAAGGCUCACCGUUGACAGAGAGCUUGAAAAAAGUAGUGGUGACCCUUCUUGACCAAGACUGGUGUAAUUCUGAAGCUUCCUACAACGGGUCUCUGACAGAAGAAAUUGUAUGUGCUGGAUUUGAGCCAGGUGGAAUUGAUACUUGUCAGGGAGAUAGCGGUGGGCCUUUAACCUGUGAGGGUGAUGAUGGUCGAUGGCAUCUGGUCGGACUAACAAGCUUUGGAGGAGGAUGCGCAAGAACACGCUUGCCCGGCGUCUACACCCGAAUCUCAAAGUUCCAGUCAUUUAUUACAGCUGUGGUUUCAGGAGCAAUAACACCGGGUGUUAUUGAAAUUACCCUUGAGCGUGCCGUUUCAGUGACCAUCACUUCUCCAAACUACCCUUCCAACUACAACAUCGGCGAUAACAUCGUCUGGAAGGUAUCGGCCCCUGUUGGACACAGCGUCAGGCUGGACAUCGUCAACUUCGCUAUCGAAUUUGACUACGACCUCUUGUUGGUGGGCAAUGGACUGACGCCACUGACUUACACAGAGCUUGUGAGCCUGACUGGCUAUGGGUUAAAUUCAACUUGGACGUCACAUGACCGCCAUAUGUGGCUCAAAUUCAAGAGUGACUCCUCACAGACUGAUGUUGGAUUCAUGGCAACACUGAACGCUGUGGAUCCAAGAGAUGAUAAUCUUCUAAUCUUGGUGAACGAGUCUAUGGUCCAACAGCUCCGCUCACCAGACUUUCCUCUUGGUGCAAGAAAAAUGAUAAUGGCUCCUCAGGAUCACAGCGUGAGGGCGCGUUUCGACUUCUUUAACCUCACCGACGAUUCUUUGCUUGCCGUGGGCUACGGCUCGAUUCCUUUAAUAUCCACAACCCUAGUGAAGUUGACUGGAAGUGAAUUGCCGGAAGAUAUUACCUCCCCCACUCGAGAAUUGUGGUUUAGAUUUGUGUCGGUUACUGGGAACUUCAAUAAAGCGGUCGGUUCGCUUAUGGGAAGUGGAUUCGUGGUGAAUCUAACAGCAGUAAGGACUGAAGAAUGGAGGAACAUGGUCAGACAUCCAUGGAAGUUUCCCGUGCUUCUGUCCCGAAGGCUUCAAGGGGGAUUACUGUCAAAAAGGUUAGGACAAGACAAAUGGACUCGAUACCCUCAAGAGAUAGCACCAAGAAGAGAUAGCUAG